CGCAAGGUCCAGAAAUGUCGUCGCGGGGACCUUCACGCAUGCUGCGACCAGAUCGCUCCACGCUGCGGUCGGGAUGGACUUAACUCGGGCCCCGAGCCUUAUGUCCGUCCUGCACCUCAUCAAGCUUCAGAGUAAACCCAAGUACAAGUACGGGCGCUCGCCUCCACGUCUUGUCCAGUCUCAUGCAUCCGUACCUAUCUUUUGUCUUCGGCCUUCCAUUUCCCGAGAGUAAGCAACAUCUUUAACAAUGACUCCUCCCCUCCGGCCCCUCGGCAAGAAUGGACCCCUCGUCCCGGCCAUCGGCUUCGGCGCCAUGAGCCUCGGGGGCGUAUACGGCCGACAGAUUUCCAACGAGGACAAGCUGAAAGUGCUUGACCGCGCCUGGGAGAUUGGCGCGCGCUUCUGGGACACGGCGGAGCUCUACUUCGACAGCGAGGCGCGUAUCGGGGACUGGUUCAGGCAGACUGGCAGGCGAGACGACAUCUUUCUCGCCACCAAGUUUGCGUUGCAUUACGAAGACAUGGGAACCGUCCGCUCCGAUCCGGAGUAUGUGCGGUUUGCGUGCGAGCGGAGCCUGAAAACGCUCGGCGUGGACACCAUCGAUCUGUACUACUGCCACCGGGUCGACGGCAAGACGCCGAUCGAGAAGACCGUGGAGGCCAUGGUCGAGUUGAAGAAUGAGGGCAAGAUCCGCUACCUGGGCCUUUCCGAGGUCUCCGCAUCGACUAUCCGCCGCGCACACGCCGUCCACCCAAUCGCAGCGGUGCAAGUCGAGUACAGCCUCUUCUGUCUGGACAUCGAAGACCCCAAAGUCGACGUCUUGAGGACGUGCCGCGAGCUGGGCAUCGCCGUGGUUGCCUACAGUCCAGUCGGCCGGGGCCUACUCACCGGCCAGAUCAAGUCGGUGGAUGAUCUCGACGAGCGGGAUUUCCGCCGCAUGAUUCCCAAGUAUUCGCGGGAGAACUUCCCAAAGGUGCUGGACCUGGUUGCCAAGGUCCAGAGGGUAGCCGCGCGACACGGCUGUACGCCCGCGCAAGUGUGCUUGGCAUGGUUGCUGGCACAGGGAGAGGACAUCAUCCCCAUUCCUGGCACGCAGACCCUCAAAUAUCUGGAGGAAAACACGGCGGCGACAGAUGUCAGGCUCUCAGAUGAGGAUGUUAAGGAGUUGAGACGGUACGCCGAGGAGACAGAUCUCGUCGGCGAUCGUUAUCCGGCAUGGUAAGUCCUCCCGGAGAAGGAAUGAGACUGCUGGCCUGACUGUGGCUAAUCCUGUCUGUCCG